AUGAGGGAGCUGAAGGUUGACAAGCUCGUCAUCAACAUCUCGGUGGGUGAAUCGGGUGACCGUCUCACUCGUGCCACCAAGGUGCUUGAGCAGCUUACUGGUCAGACCCCCGUUACCAGCAAGGCCCGCUACACCCUCCGUGGUUUCGGUAUCCGCCGUAACGAGAAGAUCGCCUGCCACGUCACUGUCCGCGGUGCGAAGGCCGAGGAGAUUCUGGAGCGUGCCCUGAAGGUGAAGGAGUACGAGCUCCGCAAGCGCAACUUCUCGGAGACUGGCAACUUCGGUUUCGGUAUCCAGGAGCACAUUGACCUGGGUAUCAAGUACGACCCUGGUAUUGGUAUCUUUGGUAUGGACUUUUACGUGUGCAUGACCCGCCCUGGUGUGCGUGUCUCUCGCCGCAAGCACCGUGUGGCCCGUGUCGGUGCCCCCCACCGCGUCAGGAAGGAAGAGACAGCCGUGUGGUUCAAGCAGCGCUUCGACGGCAUUAUUCUCCAGUAA